GACACAGGUCAACCAUUAUUUAUGAUUGUACAACUAGCAGCAGCAGCAGCACGAGAUCGUUUCUUGUCCUGACCGGCCUUGUACCGUGUUGUUCGAUCCACGACGUUACGUAGAUCUACGAACGGUUCGGCAACGAGUUGCGUGCAACGCUAGAUGUGCACUUGGAAAUAGCGCCCCAUUCGCUUUUUCAAAGGCAACGCAACACGUGUGCACGCAACGACACGUGCAUUCUCCAGCAUUUUACAAAGCUGCCGGAAUCAAGUAUCGGUUGGCCCGUGGUCUUUCUCUUCGGCUGUUUCACUUUCAGUGUUUGCAAGCGCCACCAGUGAUCAGGCCGUGCACUCAACAACAACUAGAGUCAUCAGCAGCGCGGCUCUUCUGCUCGACACGAACGAAUCAGCGCUUCAUCUCUCAAUUCUGAAAAUGGAUCCCACUGAUGCAGGACUUAAGCCGGAUACAUUGCCCGAGAUGAUUGAGCUGGAUGGGUACACUCUGACACCUGAAAACCUGGUGGCACUGGGCUUUGGUGAAACAAAGAUCAAAGUCACAGAUGCUGCUGUUGAGCGUGUGAAGAGCUCCCGCAAUGUUAUUGAUCAAAUCGUGGAGGAAGGUCGAGUUGUAUACGGAGUGUCGACUGGAUUUGGCCGAUUUGCCAAGACAGUAAUUACUGGUGACAAAGUAUGCGAGCUGCAGGACAACCUUAUUCGCUCUCACUGUGCCGGCAUCGGAAAGGCUCUCAGUCCGGAGAAGACGCGUCGACUUCUUGCGGUGCGUAUCAACAUUCUCUGCAAGGGAUACAGCGGAAUUCGUCUGGAAACUGUGAACAAGAUGGUGGCCGCGUUCAACAAGUCCUGCUUGUCGUACGUUCCAGAGAAAGGCACUGUAGGUGCUAGCGGUGAUCUUGCUCCACUCUCACAUCUUGCUCUUGGGCUUAUGGGCGAAGGCAAGAUGUGGAGUCCUGAGACUGGCUGGGGAGAUGCAGCAGAAAUCCUCAAGUCCCAUGACCUUGAGCCUAUCAGUCUCCAAGCGAAGGAGGGAAUCGCUUUGAUCAAUGGCACCCAGUUUAUCACUGCUAUUGGAUCUGAAGCUCUGGUGCGAGCCAAGCGGAUAGCGAGACAGGCAGAUAUUGUUGCGGCAAUGACACUGGAGGCACUGUGUGGAACCAACAAAGCAUUCGAUGCCGAUGUCCAUGCUGCACGUCCACACAAGGGCCAGCAGCUGGUAGCCAGACGAUUGCGUUCCGUACUGAACAGUGACAUCCAUCCAUCAGCCAUUGCUGAGUCUCACACUACAUGCUCACGCGUCCAGGAUGCGUACAGUCUACGCUGCACACCACAGGUUCAUGGAGUUACCAAUGACACGAUUGAUUUCGUGAAUACCCUCAUCCAAACUGAACUGAACAGUGCCACCGACAAUCCAAUGGUGCUGUCUUCGCGAAAUGUCACUGUGUCCGCAGGCAAUUUCCAUGGCGAGUAUCCUGCUAAGGCAAUGGAUUAUCUAGCCAUUGGUAUUCAUGAGAUUGCCAACAUCAGUGAGCGGCGUAUCGAGCGUCUCUGCAACCCAUCGUACAGUGAUCUGCCAGCUUUCUUGGUGAACAACGGUGGUCUGAACUCUGGUUUCAUGAUUGCUCACUGCACUGCGGCAGCACUGGUGUCAGAGAACAAGGUUCUGACUCAUCCUUCUUCCGUCGACUCGCAGUCGACAUCUGCUGCCACUGAGGAUCACGUCUCCAUGGGUGGUUUUGCUGCGCGCAAGGCCCUGACUGUGGUGGAACACGUAGAGAUUGUUGUUGCUAUUGAGUUGCUUGCUGCCUGCCAAGCACUCGAUCUCCUCAACGAAAGCAAGUCUAUCAAGAGCACUGAACCGCUGCAACGUGUCUGGGAAUUGGUGCGCACCGUUGUCAAGCCCUGGGACAAAGACCGCGUGUUCACGCCGGAUAUUGAGGCUGCCGUUACGCUCCUGCGCCAGGAUAAGGUGUGGUCUGCAGUAGAACAGUAUGUCAAUGCAUAUGAGAAGUUUGAAGCUGACCAAGCCAAGACCCAGUCAACCAACUGAGUUGGCCAUGGCUUUGGCUUAGAUGCAAGUCGCCACUACCAUUACCACCACCACCACCACCACCACCAUCAUCAUCCCGUAGAUAGCAAUGCGAUUACUAGUACCGGCCACUGUAUGUUCUCGCGAACCAUGGUAAGUUGGCAGUUGCUAUGGUAUCCGCAACGAGGAGGAAAGAAUAAUAAAGAUGAUUUUUAAUUUGAUUUUAAACUUUUAUCCCAUCUGUUUUAACCAAUCGAUUAGUAUCUGCCUUUUAAACCAUCUUCAGUUUUCACCCAUGUUGACAACCAUCUAAUUAUUUGUGUGGAUUUCUGUCAUCUUGCUGCUCUAUCAGAUUUUAUCAGUCUACCUUACCACACCGCAAAAUGCCAGUUACAUUCUAUGCUGCGGCCGACUUGUUGUUGCUGCUUUUCAGUUCUUUCAAGUGCGCGCUCUGCGUUCCUUUACGUGUCUUUUGCUUGGGCACUACAUGUACGCACCUGCUUCAUCCAAGUGGUGACGGUGAUUUCGUUUGCAGCUGUACUCCAUGCUGCUAUUGCCAUGCAUGUCACAUACCUGGUAUGCAAGUCGGAGUGGACAAUGGCCGCCGCACUUCUUUCUGCUGCAUCAAUAUCAGAACUAACAAUGCCAUACAUGAUGUUAUAACCUCUAUUAGAGUGUAAAUACUGUAACUGUUGCUUUGUAACUUAACAUUCCUUUUUCAUUUCUUAGCCCGGGACACUCUCCACGUUGCCCACUUUUCUUAUUAUCAUAGACAAAGGAAUUACUUGUCGCAGUUACUGGUACGAGUA